AUGAACUGCACUGCCAGCCCGUGUCUCGCACCCUGUUUCAGGCAACUGCUGGAACAAUUCCGCAACCGAACGCAGACGGCGAGCGCCGAUAAGGACAAGGACGCGCCUUUAUUCAUUAUGGUUAUUAUCGUAUUCUACGCCGCUAUCACGGCGGCUCUCCUGGUUGCCUACAUCAAGUCAAGGAAGAGGGAGAAUAAGAACGACCCGUACCACAUCUACAUUAAGAAAAACUGGGCCGUGGUCGAGGGAGCCAAAGCUUUCGAGUCGGACCGCGACAGCGUGGAGGUCGAGCAGCUGCUGAGCUGA